GGGAUAAGAGAUGAGGAUGUUGUGUGCCACUCUUACUUCUAAUGGCCAUUUCCUGAUACUGGAACUGGAAAGAGUUAAAUUUUUAAAACUGAGCUUAUUUUCCUACCCCUGAUGUGCUAAACAAUGAAGACAACCUCCUACAGAGAAAUUACAUUGUUCAACUGUUUUGCAUUCCUUUGAACCAACACAUUUACAUCCAAGUGUUCAGAAGUAGUGACACUGAUAUGAAGAAAACGUAGAAAGAAUGAAAUGGCAGAUUAAAAUCAUGCCUGCCUUGCUAGAGCUUCUGUUGCCAGUGACUGCAGAAGAUGGAGAACUUUUCUGAGAAUAUGGACAAUAAUACCCUGAACUGCACCAUUGAUCACAACAUACAUCAGACACUAUCACCUGUGAUAUACAUACUUGUCUUUGUAGUAGGGCUCCCAGCCAACUGUCUCUCAUUGUACUAUGCCUACUUGCAGGUGAAGGUCAAAAAUGAACUGGGAAUCUACCUUUGCAAUUUGACCAUAGCAGACCUGCUUUACAUCUUCUCCCUGCCCUUUUGGCUUCAGUAUGUUUUACAACAUGACAAUUGGACCUAUGAUGAACUCUUAUGCAAAAUCUGCGGCAUUCUCCUGUAUGAAAAUAUCUACAUCAGUGUGGCCUUCCUGUGUUGUAUCUCAAUUGACCGUUACCUAGCUGUAGUGCACCCUUUUCGCUUUCAUCAGUGUCGCACAAUGAAGGCAGCUAUGGUGGUGAGCACUGUCAUCUGGGCCAAGGAAAUUCUGACCUGCUGCCUUGUUUUUACACAUGGUGAAGUGAGUAAAGACUCAGAGAGUCAUGUGGUGUGCUUUGAGCAUUAUCCCAUCAAAAACUGGGAAAACAAGAUCAAUUUUUACCGUUUCAUUGCUGGUUUCCUAUUUCCCUUUUCUCUGCUUCUUUUUUCUUACUAUGGCAUUCUGCGAGUUGUCCGCAAGAGCCAUGGCACUCAAAAGAGGAAGAAAGUUCAAAUUAAGCGUCUGGUGUCAAGCACAAUUAUAAUUUUCUUGGUAUGCUUUGGCCCGUACCAUGUUCUGUUGCUGAUGCGCAGCAUCUUUGAAAACAGCUGUGAAUUUGCUGCCAGAAUCUUUAAUGUCUACCAUAUUUCACUUCUUUUGACCACUUUUAACUGUGUUGCAGACCCAAUAUUGUACUGCUUUUCCAGUGAGAACACCUACCAGCAUUUUGCCAAAAUAGGAAACACCUGUUUAAAGUGCCUAAGAUGUGCACAGACAGAAACCAAGGUAUCCUACCCACUGAGUACUCCAGAAACUGUAAAAAAAAUCCCAAAACAGGCUGAGCUGGACCCAGAGUUGUUAAAUAAGUUACAUGUUCAUGAAAUGGAGGAAACAUCAACCAAUGCUUUUCCAAAAGGAAGAGUGAUCUAAAGUCACCAUGCAUUUACUCACUUCUCCUUUUGGUGUAUAAAUGUAUGGGAAUUAUUAUUAUAGAUGUAAAGAGGGCCAACAGUUCAAAAAAGGUAAUCGACUGUACUACUCUAAUAUUCAUCUUUCCACAUGGGGAAUUCCUUAGUUCCUUUAAAGUCAUUUAGAACUUUACUCCAAAGCAGGCUAAUUAUACAAACAGGCUAGCCUGGGUUUACAGUUUAUUAUACAUCCUAUGCAUAUUGCUGACUCACUCCUGUAAAAUCUGCUAUUCUAUUUGAU